AUGGCGACAUAUAGCAGUUUUUAUGAGGCUCCAGUACUGGACUACCAGCUUGGCAUUAAAUCUGCCCGCCUCCCGCAAGAGGUCUUGGACAUGAUCAACCAGUACCUUGUUGGCGGCAAUCCCAAGGCUCCAGACUUCAUGGGGGAAGUUCCGGCACAUCUGUGCCGGGUAAACUCAAAGUGGUGCAGCACCUUUACGCCGAUGCUUUAUGCUAACUAUCGGUACGAAGGUGAUGUCAACCGAAUAGGAAGCCUAUGGUGCUUCGCCCGCACUAUUGUAGAGAAAAAGGAGCUUGCUUCUCUGGUGCGAGAAUUAACCUUUACCACCAAGUUCACGAGCAGGCAUCUUGGAAAGAAAACGAGAGAGGGUGCCUUUGAGAUACUGCGACGGUAUAAGGAUACAUUCCAGAAAUACUGUCAGGGCUAUCCAGCCAGGAAUGGAGACUGCUCUAUUCCUGACGACAUGACCCUCGCCUGGUUUUCCGAAGCAUGUCCACCCGCGCCAGAGAUUUUGAGUUGGAGGGAUUCGGACUACGGGGAUGCGGACUACGGGCAUGAAGAUGAAGAAGAAGAUCAAGACCCCCACCACCUAAACGAGGAUAUAUUGCAUGAAUGGUAUAUUUUCUCCCAUUAUGAGCACCAUCGAUGGUGGCUCGAACCGGUCCUGGAGUUCUUCACGGAAGAGAAAGCCAAGUGCGCAAAAAUGAUGUUGAGACAGAGGUCCGAAUUCUACACCCACCUCGGGAACGAUGUCGGUUCUAAUCAGGAUUUCCAAAUGCCAUUGAUGGCAGUCAUUAUUGCGCGGUGCCCGAAGAUUGUCCGUCUGAGCAUGGACACUUGGGAACAAGAUCCAUUCCUCGAAGAGGUGAUGGCGAUGGCAACCGGGGAGCGGCCUCUUCUACAAAUCGGCCGGCCCUUGGCGAAUGUCGAGCGUGUCCGAGUUGGAGGCCCGGCUAAUUCAUUCAGAUCCCAUCGUGCCAGUAUGUCACAUUACAAGAGCUACUGGUCCCUGCCCAAAUUAAAAGAGCUUGUGAUGCUGAAUGCAGAUAUCAGCGCCGACUUGGAAAGCCAAACCCCGAGUGGCAUUGAACACCUCACGGUUCAAAGCGAGGAUUUCCUGCAACCACAUCUAUCAACGUUGUUCACAUCUAUCAGUAACCUCCGCUGUCUCACACUGGGGUUGCAGGUGGAUCAUACAGUGAGACGGUGGUACCCUGACGCGGAAACUGGGGAAGUUCUCCCAGAUGGCCCACACCAAUAUCUGAGAGUGUGGCGGAUUAUCUCCCGCCUGAAAGACACCCUAUGCUUUCUAGAAUUAUACCAAGACAAACGUGACUUCGGACUUCCUCCAAGCGAGAGUCUGCCAGUAUUCGCCACCGACCGCGGAUGGAACGGCGGCGAACUCCCACACUUCUGCCCGCCCCUUGGUGAAUUCACCAAGCUACGACAAUUGAAUAUUCCUGUGCUGGGCCUCCACGGGCAUAACUGCGAACACGAAGAGGGUACCAAGUUCGGAAACCACUUGCCCCCGAAUCUCGAGUCUCUGGGGCUCUACGCCGAUGGCGGGAACUGGAUGGAUCGACAUUUCUGCGCUCUGGAUCAUGAGCUCGAGAGCAUUGCGGUCGCUGGCUCGAUAGGUCGGGGCGGUAGUCUACGGGCUAUUACCUGUGAUUUACCUACCGGUACUGCUACUGGGUCAAGCGUCACAAAGCGGAUGAAAGGUGCCGCCCUUGAGAAUGGGAUUAUGUAUAUCCCUAACGCGAAGAACUAUCUGUUCUAUGGCGGCCUGCAUACGUUUUGGGCGUGCUGCAAUAUCACGCAGUUUUCAAGGGACAGUUGGGCGGAUGAGAGUUUCAUCGAAAGGAAAGAUCCAGGGAGGGUCAUUCCGCGUGGAAUGACAGUGCAUGGGUACAAGGGCAGGCUGUGA